AUGAUUGUGUGGACAGUUGCAGUUUUUGACUGCCCCCCGUUGGGUGUCGGCGCGCUAACUGCGGGCUACGAUUGGCUGCUUGCUUCCUGGUCUUCACAGUUGAUUGGUUGCUUGAACUCGCUCGGCGAUUGGGCGCUGGGAGCCGAGGGGUGGGAGGCGGGAAUUCGUUUGGGACUGCGUUGUGAGGGGCGGAAGAGCGCUGCGGCGGCGGCGGGGAAUCGCGAGAUUGUCAGAGGACUGAACAGUAGGCAGCACUGUUUGUUGGAGAGCCCCACAGGCAGCGGGAAAAGCUUAGCCUUGCUUUGUUCUGCUUUAGCCUGGCAACAGUCUCUUACAGGGAAGCCAGUGGAUGAAGGCGUGAGUAAGAAAGCGGAAGCACCACUGUCAUGCUGCUGUUCAUGCCACUCAAAGAGUUCUAUACACAGUGACAUGAGCCCCGGAACUUCACCGCAUUUCAACACAUCAGCAACGGAAAGACAUGACAGUUCAUCAGCCUGUCAAGACUCUCCUGGGAAAAACACUCUGGCUGCAAAGUUAUCUGCCAAGAAACAGGCAUCUGAAUACAGAGAAGAAAAUGAUGAUUUUCAAGUAGAGAAGAAAAGAAUUCGACCCUUAGAAACAGCACAGCAGAUGAGGAAACGUCAGUGUUUUGAAAAGGAAGUACCCCAUUUGGAUGCAGAAGUUGCUUCAGGAAAGACUGUAAAACUCAACUCUCCAUUACAAAAGAUAAAUUCCUUUUCUCCACGGAAGCAUCCUGGUCACUGUUCUAAGUGCUGCUGUUCUACUAAACAAGGAAACAAUCAAGAUUCUUCAGAUACCAUUAAGAAGGACCAUGGGGGGAAAUCCAAGAGACCCAAAAUAUAUUUUGGGACACGCACACACAAACAGAUUGCUCAGAUUACUAGAGAGCUCCGGAGGACAGCUUAUUCAGGGGUGCCAAUGACUAUUCUUUCCAGCAGAGAUCAUACUUGUAUCCAUCCUGAAGUAGUUGGUAACUUCAACAGAAAUGAAAAGUGCAUGGAAUUACUGGAUGGCAAAAACGGGAAAUCCUGCUAUUUGUAUCAUGGUGUUCAUAAAGUUAGUGAUCAAAGUGCUCUACAGAAUGUUCAUGGGAUGUACAAAGCUUGGGAUAUAGAAGAACUUGUCAAACUAGGAAAAAAACUAAAGGCAUGUCCCUAUUACACAGCUCGAGAACUAAAAGAUGAUGCAGACAUAAUAUUUUGUCCUUACAACUAUCUUCUAGAUGCACAAAUAAGGGAAACUAUGGAUAUAAAUCUGAAAGAACAAGUUGUCAUUUUAGAUGAAGCUCAUAACAUUGAAGACUGUGCUAGGGAGUCAGCAAGUUACAGUGUCACAGAAGUUCAGCUUCGGUUUGCUCGAGAUGAACUAGAUGGCUUGGUCAACAGUAAUAUAAGGAAGAAAAACCACGAACCCCUACGAGCUGUAUGCUACAGUCUUAUUAAUUGGUUAGAAGAAAACUCUAAACAUCUUGUAGAAAGAGACUAUGAAUCAUCUUGUAAAAUAUGGAGUGGAAAUGAAAUGCUCUUAAAUUUGCACAAGAUGGGUAUCACUUCUACUAUUUUUCCUAUUUUGCAGGGACAUUUUUCUGCUAUUCUUCAAAAGGAAGAAAAAAUCUUAGCAUUUCAAGAUAAAGAGGAGACAAGAGAAGUACCCAUUAUUAGCGCUUCAACUCAAAUAAUGCUCAAAGGACUUUUUAUGGUGCUUGACUAUCUUUUCAGGGAAAAUAGCAGAUUUGCAGAUGAUUAUAAAAUUGCUAUUCAACAGACUUAUUCCUGGAUAAAUCAUACUGAUAUUCCAGAUAAAAAUGGAUUAUUGGUUGUACCAAAAAACAAGAAGCGUUCAAGACAGAAAAUUGCAGUUCAUGUGCUAAACUUUUGGUGUUUAAAUCCUGCCGUGGCCUUUUCAGAUAUUAAUGGCAAAGUUCGGACGAUUGUUUUGACAUCCGGAACAUUAUCACCAAUGAAAUCUUUUUCAUCUGAGCUUGGUGUUACAUUUACUGUCCAACUAGAGGCUAAUCAUGUCAUUAAUAACUCACAGGUUUGGGUUGGUACCAUUGGUUCAGGCCCUAAGGGUCGGAAUCUCUGUGCUACCUUCCAGCAUACUGAAACAUUUGAGUUCCAGGAUGAAGUGGGAGCACUUUUGUUAUCUGUCUGCCAGACUGUGAGCCAAGGAAUUUUGUGUUUUUUGCCAUCUUACAAGUUACUAGAAAAAUUAAAAGAACGCUGGCUUUCAACUGGUUUAUGGCAAAAUUUGGAACUGAUGAAAACAGUCAUUGUAGAACCUCAAGGAGGAGAAAAGACUGAUUUUGAUCAACUACUUCAGGUGUACUAUGAUGCGAUCAAGUACAAAGGAGAGAAAGAUGGAGCCCUUCUCAUAGCAGUUUGUCGGGGCAAAGUGAGUGAGGGUCUUGAUUUCUCAGAUGACAAUGCCCGUGCUGUGAUAACCAUAGGAAUUCCUUUUCCAAAUGUGAAAGAUCUACAGGUUGAACUCAAGCGACAAUACAAUGACCACUACUCACAAUUGAGAGGUCUUUUGCCGGGCCGUCAGUGGUAUGAAAUACAAGCAUAUAGGGCCUUAAACCAGGCCCUAGGUAGGUGUAUUCGACACAAAAAUGAUUGGGGAGCUCUUCUUCUAGUAGAUGACCGCUUCAAUAAUAACCCAAGUCGCUACACAUCCGGACUUUCUAAAUGGGUAAGACAAGAGAUUCAGCACCAUUCAACCUUUGAGAGUGCGCUGGAGUCCUUAGCUGAAUUUGCUCAAAAGCACCAAAAUGUCACUAAGUCACCCAAAAAGAACAGGAAGAGUAUACAAGACAAUGAGUCUACUCCUAAAGGGGCCUGUUUGGAAGACAGACCCCAUAUGUAUUUAUUGGAAACAGCAAACCAUCUACCACAAGAAACUCCUAGGGAAGAUGAAGCAAAAAUACGUAUCCAGGAACUGCCAAGUGCCAAAGUGAUCACUGAAAAUAUGUCUUCACAAAGCAACAUGAUCACCAGAAAGGAGAAAAAUGAUUCAGUUUUACUGGAAGAAUCUGUUCAAACACUGCAAGCAGAGCAAGUGAUUUCUCGAUCCUCAAGCCCAACUUUCAACAAACAAACCAAGAAAGGUAGCUGGUCUACUUUUUAUUCUUUGAGAAAAUGUUUUACUGAUAACAUAGAGACUGCAACACCUGAGCUCAGGUCCUCAGAGAAUUGUUCUAGUUCUACCUACAAAACAGAAAAAGUGGAAGAGAACACUGUUUUGCCACUCACUGAUGAAUGUGAGUUCUCAGAUUUAACAGUAAGUGCAUCGUUGGGGCCAUGCCCUCAACAAGAAAUCACUAUUUCAUCAAUAAAGAAAGAUGUCAUUGAAGGAAAUAAUUCAAAACAACUGCUAUGCUCUGAUAAAGCCCUGGAUCCAGAUACUCCUUUGUCUCUAGUAAGCAAACAAGAUAAAUAUCCCAGUUCCGCUGAAGCUUUGGAAGAAGAAGCUGAAGAUGAGUCUAUAUAUUUCACACCUGAACUUUAUGAUCCUGUAGAUGAAGAUGAAGAAAAUGAGCUCAAGGAAACUGAUAGGCUUAGUAAUAAUUCAGAUUGCAUUUUAGCUGAAGACCUUUUUGAAAUUGGAACUCUAACUGGAGUGGUCAGCGAAAGGAAAGCUGGUUGCACAGGCACAAAGUUGAAUUCAAGCUUACAUACUGAAGAAAGAUAAGUUGAGGCUGGGAAGGUGGCUCAGUGGUAGAGUGCUUGCCU